UCGGCAUUUUACUCUUUAAAUUGUGAUGCGUUUAGUGUUCUUGUAGCAAGCUUCCAGUAUAGGCCUAUACCUAUUUUCAGAACCAUGGAAGAUAAACAUAAAAUAGUUGAGCAGGAGAAUGGGGAGAAGGGUGAUGUGGAAGCGGAAAAGGAGAAUGAAAACCUGAGGGAAAAUUGGAGCCAUAAAAUGGACUUCUUCCUCUCAGCCGUUGGUUAUGCUGUUGGGUUUGGAAACGUUUGGAGAUUCCCUUAUCUGUGCUUCAAGAACGGUGGUGGUGCGUUUCUCAUCCCGUACAUCAUCUUCUUGGCCAUUGCUGGUGCCCCACUUUACACCAUCGAGCUAUCCAUAGGACAAUUCUCAAGUCUUGGUUGCAUCGGCUGCUGGAAUAUUGCUCCUAUGUUUAGAGGAUUGGGGAUAGGCAUGAUGAUUUUGAACGCAUUGGUCUCCAUCUACUACAACGUCCUCGUAGCUUGGGCGCUCUAUUUCUUGGGAGCUUCCUGUCAGUCCACAUUGCCUUGGUCCAACUGUAACAACUACUGGAACACAGAAAACUGUUUCGAAUCCAGCUUAAACAAUACAUUCAACCUCACACACUCGGUUCGACCUAGCGAAGAAUACUGGCAACACCGGGUUCAUCAUCUCUCGGGAGAUAUUGGAGACAUGGGAUCCAUGAACUGGGACAUGUUUGGAGCUUUUGUCGGAUCUUGGCUUAUCGUCUAUUUCUGCAUCUUCAAAGGGGUCAAAUCAGUCGGAAAGGUGGUGUACUUCACGGCUACCUUCCCUUACGUGGUUCUCCUCAUUCUUUUCUUCCGUGGUGUCACUCUCCCCGGCGCAGCCAAAGGCAUCCUUUUCUAUAUCCGACCAGAUUUCCAAAGGCUUCUGAAAGUAGAGCCAUGGAAGGAUGCUGCAAACCAGAUAUUCUACUCAUUAGGACUGUCUUUUGGAACUAACAUCACACUUUCAAGCUACAACAAAUUCAAGAACAAUGUUUACAGGGAUGCCCUUACUGUUUCAGUCAUAAACUGUGGGACAAGUAUAUUCGCUGGCUUCGUAAUCUUCUCUGUCUUGGGUUUUAUGGCUCACGAUAGCGGGCUAGAUGUCGAAGACGUCGUGGACGACGGUCCUGGACUAGCCUUCAAGGUGUACCCUGAGGCCCUGUCCCGUCUACCUGUCCCUCAACUCUGGUCUAUAUUGUUCUUCUUCAUGUUGAUUACUCUUGGUCUGGAUAGUCAGUUUGCUGGAAUUGAAUCACUAGUCACGGCAAUAUGCGAUGAAUUCACUCCUGAAUUGAGGAAGAAAUGGAAGUGGCUUGUUACCGUGUUAGUUUGUGCUGCUGGAUUCCUGUUCGGGUUACCCUUAUGCAUGCAGGGAGGGUUAUACGUAUUGACGUUGAUUGACUGGUACGCGGCUUAUAUUUCAGUUUUCAUUAUGGCUACUUGCUACUUACUGGUGAUCUGUUUUCUUUACGGACGGAAGCGUUAUGUGGGUGACAUCCGGGCUAUGAUUGGUUUUGAUGUCUUCAUUUAUUGGCAGAUCUGCUGGGCUGUAAUUUCACCUCUUGUCAUGAUACUCAUCGUGGUGUUAGGAGUAAUAUUCUACACUCCAGCAUCAGUUGGAGACUACAUCUUCGAACCUUGGGCCCAGGGGGUCGGCUGGCUACUUGCAUGUCUGUCAAUCGCUGUCAUACCUGCGUACGCCAUCUAUGCCAUAAUAUUCCACGCCAAGGGAUCACUUUCCGAGCGUCUUUCAUUCUUAGUAAAACCAAGAUGGGACUGGGGUCCAGCGCUGAAUGUAGACCGUAUCGCUCACGGAUACAAGCCAUUCCCUCCCGGUCGAGGCGGACCUAUCCCCGAUGACUAUUCUGGAGAAUACGCUACGGAAUCUGACGGCACGGCGAUAUACACCCCUUCGAAAGGCGUGUCCAUCGAUUGCGGGAAGUAUACUGUGACGUCAGAUCAGGGACGCGGGAUUGAUAACGCCAGCAAUGGAAGCCCACCUCCUUACAAUAUGGUUAUCUAAGAACGACGUAUGUGCCUACAAAAGCAGAACCUGUCUUAGGUCAUAUGGAAGUGGACCAACCCUCUUUAAAAAUAUAAAAACAAAACCCUCUCGUGGACCCAUUUAAUGUUAGAGACGCUGGAGUACAAAGCCUAUACAUCUAGAGGCCUAACACACAAGAAGGUGGCGGGCAGAUAAGACAACGGUCCCUUAUGAUUUUCCAAGUAGUGAAAGAACUAAAGAAAGAAUGAAAUAAGAAAAGGAAAUGUCGUGAAAUACCGAUUUAUCUAACUGAGUAAAAAUACAUUGCCGUAGAUCGUCUUGCCCCUAUUGAAUUACACCUGCGCCGCCCUAUUCAUAAACAUUAUAAAGUAAUGCUUACAUAACGGAUUUCUUCCUUUUCUCCGGACACAUGGUAUUGAAAUUCAUAAAGAAACGGCCGAUUUUAAAUUUAAAUUGAAACUGAAUUGGCAGACAUUUCCAGGUCCCAAGUAAGGGGUUAAGAAUAAUUCGAAUAAGGGUACACUCUCCAUUUUUUCUUCUUAAAUGUAAAAAUGGCAGAACAACAGAAGUUCGAUCUCCUGAAAUCCACUGAGAUAUUGUAAAUAUUGUCUUAAUAUAGGCCUAUAUUAAUUCUACGUUAUCGACAGUAGAAACAUGUUUUGGAGAAUUCUUUAUCUCUGACAAUAUUGACGUUUUUAAAUUUUAAUGUAAAGAACCGACAUUAUUUUAGGAUAUUACAUGGAUGAUGCAAAAGUGAUGAAUAUCAUUGACAGCGGGUGAUAUAGAAUUUUAUAAAAGUCAAUCUUGGAAUAGAAAUACAUACAUACAUACACACAUACAUACAUACACACACACAUACAUACACACCCACACUCACACACACACACACACAUAUAUAUAUAUAUACAUAUUUUGUGUGUUUAUAUAUUUUCCAAUUGUAUGUGGUAUACCUAUAAAGAAUCUAUUAUAGUUUAUAGUUUAUUUGUACUGUUUAAUUACUGAAUGAGUAUCUGCUUUCUUCGAAUAAAAUCAAUCAACAUAAUCAUAAUGAUCAAUG